CACAGCUACGUCGCAUCCAUAGGGACCGUUCCACGAGCUCUAUGCGUCAAUAAAGGGGUCCUUUUUGGUCACGGUGGACCGAGCAUGACCACGACUUUGGGACUGUUUUCCAGAGGACCAGACGACUGGGAGAACUACAAUAGCAACCCCACUCUUUGUGGGAGAGAGCCCCCCUCCUCGGCUCUGAACAUCGCUCUUUCCACUCCACCCCUCCUAGGUUGGGUCUCGCAGAGCUUUACCUCGCCUGUCGAUUUUUUUUCAUCACUGCGGUGAGUGUGUGUGUAUGUGUGUGUGUGUGUGUGUGGGAAGUCUGUGAGCUCACACAGAAAUACCCUUAUGGUAACCGCCUCAGUCAUACAGCUGACAUGUAAAUCGACUUGCCAGCCGGCUAUCAAAACCGAGCCAGACAUUGAAGACAUACGGCAAAUGAAGACACCCGCCGCAGGAGAAGCACUCCACCAUCCAUCCAACUCUGCAGUUCAGUCCUCUCCGGAAAAUCUUUCCACCUGCCGACACGUCUUAUAUGACCGUCUCAAAGAUGACAUGGCGUCCUCAGUAUCGCAGCUCCAAGUUCCGCCACGUGUUCGGUAAGGCCGCCACCAAGGAGAACUGCUACGAUGGCGUGCCCAUCACGCGGAGCGUCCACGACAACCACUUCUGCGCCGUCAACCCGCGUUUCAUUGCCGUCAUCACAGAGUGCGCCGGGGGUGGAGCCUUCCUGGUCCUCUCUGUCCAUCACACAGGGAAGGUGGACCCCCUUCACCCCAAAGUGUCAGGCCACAGAGGUAACGUACUGGACAUCAAAUGGAACCCCUUCAACGACUUCUGUAUAGCAUCCUGCUCAGAGGACUCCACGGUGAAGGUGUGGGACAUCCCUCCCCAUGGUGUGCUGAAGAACCUGACGGUGCCGUGGAAGGAGUUGCAGGGUCACAGCCGCAGGGUGGGCCUCAUCGAGUGGCACCCUACUGCCAACAAUGUGCUCUUCAGCACUGGCUAUGACUACCAGGUGAUGAUCUGGAACCUGGACAGCCCUGAGGCGGUGAUAAAGAACCCGGUGCGGACCAUCAGCCACCACACUGACGUGGUGCUCUCCAUGUCCUUCAAUACAGAUGGCAGCAGGCUGGCCACGUCCUGCAAGGACAAGAAGAUCAGAGUUCUAGAGCCACGCACUGGGAACCUGCUACAGGAGGCCAACUGUAAGAACCACAAAGCCAGCAAGGUGCUGUUCCUGGGGAACCUCAAGAUGCUGCUGUCCACCGGCAGCUCCCGCUGGAACCACAGACAGAUGGCUCUCUGGGACCAGGAGGACCUAGAUGUGCCUUUGUUACUGGAGGACCUUGAUGGUUCGUCUGGGGUGCUCUUUCCUUUCUACGACCCAGACACACACAUGCUCUACAUAGCAGGGAAGGGGGAUGGUAAUAUCCGGUACUAUGAGAUCAGCUCAGAGAAGCCCUACAUGCACUUCCUCACAGAGUACCACUCGCACACUCCUCAGAAAGGAAUGGGUAUCAUGCCAAAGAGAGGUCUGGACGUGAGCUCCUGUGAGGUGUUCAGGUUCUACAAACUGGUGACGAUCAAGGCCCUCAUCGAACCCCUCUCCAUGAUCGUACCUCGUAGGUCGGAGUCGUACCAGGAUGACAUCUACCCCAUGACGGCGGCGAGCGCGGCCGCCAUGUCAGCCGAGGAGUGGCUUAGCGGCAUUGACAAAGGCCCGGUGCUCCAGUCCCUAAAGCCUGGGAGUCGAGUACCAGACUCCUACCCGGAGCUGAGCUCCGGCCUGGGCAGUAAGGGGCUGGGCAACUCCCUGGGCACUCGGAGGUCCCAGAGCCGACCAGGCCAACUGCAGCUGGCGUACAUCCAGGACCAGCUUGGCAACAAGGAGGGCAAGGAGUGCAGGAGUAAGACAUCUGUCAGCAACGGACAGGACCCCACGCUCUGCUCGCCUCCCAAAACAGAGAACGAGGUAUGGGGCGGUUUCGAUCUGCGUCUGAAGUUCCACAAGCAGCAGGAGGAGAUCCGGCGUCUGCGGGAGAUGCUCAACCAGAGGGACGUCCGCAUCAAGCAGCUGGAGCUGGAGAUCAACAACGUGAGGAAUUCCCAGGGCUCGCACUGAGAAGAGGCUCCCCUUGCCCCCCCGUCGCACCAAGCCACCCUCACCUCUCCCUGGAUUACUCUCUGACCAACCCCUCCCCCGCUCUCUCACCCUGGGGGUCUCACUGUAAUUAACACCCCUCUAACCCCUCGACCCCCAUCUUCCUUACCCUAAAGACAAGGGCCCUUCCCAGGGGCCUCGCUGUCUCAUCUCAGAACACUAUCUGUCUCAGUGGAUGGGUCACAGCCUUACCAAGGCUCCUCAUGUCCCCCAUAUAUGUACAUACACCCAUAGACUCUCAGUCACUCCUCAAUAUGUAACAUAUUUUCAUGCUACCGCAUCACUAUACAUGUAAGCCGCUUGUCCCUCUCCCUGCUCCUCUCCCCAAAGUCAGUUUUCGUUUUUCCUUUUGUACGCUUCAGAGCUAUGCAAGUUUGAUGUACUUUAGUUUUGUUUUGUGGUAAAAAAAAAAAAAAUGUUUAUGCCGUUUUUAUUUGAAAAAGAAUGAAAAUAAGAUGUACGUGCCUGUCUUUAAAAGAUGGUGUGGUUGUCUGCUGGUUGUGUUUGAAUGUUGUCUGGAUGGGAGCAGAUGUCACACAUGAUUGUAAAAUACACUGAAUUUAUUUUCUAUGCUUUGUGAUUUUGCAUAUUUAAACAACUGUACAUGGAUGGGUGCUGGUGGAGAUGUCUGCGGGGAUGUCUACAUCUAGAAUGACAGAAUAUAUGUGUGGGAGAGAGAGAGAGAGAGAGAGGGGGAAAGAGACGUGCUUCGUUUUGUAUAUAUUGAGUCAAUUUGGGUCUUUUGCAUUUAAAGGUAGACUCAGCGAUAUGACGUAGAUGCAGAAAUUAAGGGCGUUGAAGCGUGAGGCAAAACUUCUCCGCUUUAUUGGUCCCGCUAUUGGUCACACCACGUGAACAGCGUGAAGCGAAUCCGUGCACAUGCGCAUAUACUGUGUGAGAACGAAGUCUUGCAUCUCGCUCGUCACAAUAUCUGCGGUGCUGCUCGUGGCAACGUCAUUUCGGUGAGUCUGACUUUAAUGAAGCUGCGUUUUGUUUUAAUGACUGGUAAACUGGUGGAAGAUCAAUCAACUGAAAGAACAAUCGUUGCCCAGCAGCUUUUAAAUACGCCAUUUAUUUGACCAGAAAGCAGCCAAGGGAAUCUCACUUGUCGUUUUUAAAAUUGCAUUUAUUUAUUCUGUUUCUUUUUAAUUUGUGGACAAGAAAAGGUAGCCGUAUGGAAUGAUGACCAAUUACCGAGGCAUGUUUUCACACCAGUGGCCACAGCUCUAUGCUUCAGGCACACCACUGAGUAUGUCUAACGCUAUCAGAUAACACACACCACAUCAUGUAGGGAGUGGGUUGGUAGGGCACACAAAGUUUCACUGUUUCACUGUCUGUUUGGUGCUGGUCCAUCCGUUUUCAUUGUUCCAAAGCCGCUGUGUAAAGUAGGAAUGAUAAAAAAAAAGGGAUUGAAUGAACCUCAAAAAGCCAUUGUGUAAUAUAUGACUUAACAGGGAACUUAAUGACUAUGUUGUUAAUUUGUAAGUGCUGACCCAAGUGAUUGGGUUGUCUCUUGAAAACAACAGAGGAAACUGUAAAAGGGAAUAUAUAUGUUUGGAGCAGGCUAAUUUGGAACAUUCAGGAUAACAGUAAGCCUUUGUUUUUUAUAUGAUGUCCAUUGCUUUUGUGAUGCACAACAGAGGAGGCUGGUUGGAGGAGCUAUAGGAGGAUGGGCUCAUUGUAAUGGCUGGAAUGGAAUGAAUGUAACAGAGUCAAACGGGUGUUUGAUACCGUUCCAUUUAUUCCAUUCCAGCCAUUACAAUGAGCCCAUCCUCCUAUAGCUCCUCCCGCCAGCCUCCUCUGCUGCACAAGUACUUACUUGGUGGUUCACAAUAGUUUGAAAUGGAAAUACUAUGGCAAGGAAUGGGAUUGGAACUGCUCUGUAAUUGUGCAUCAUAAUAUGUUAGUUAGACAAUCAGAGACCCACUGCCCCUGUCCAAAGAAAAGCAAGAGGCCAACGUUUGACUGUAUUUGAAUAUCGACAUUUUACACAAGCACGGCACACAUACGCCACAAUAUAAUUGUGAGCUAUUCAACACUUGUGAGCAGGCAUCUAGAGAAGACGUCCCCUAUUCCCGUUGAGAGCAGUACUUUUGACCAUGGUCAAAGAGCAGCAUGAGGGCAAGCCAACCAUUGUCACCGCUAGUAUAGAUGUAUUAAUAAUACAUUAACACGUAACUGCAUAUGCUUGGAUAAUACUGCACUAAGUGGGCCAGGGCACCUGCAAUGUGGGCCAGGGCACCUGCAAUGUGGGCCAGGGCACCUGCAAUGUGGGCCAGGGCACCUGCAAUGUGUUUGGUUUUAGCCUUAUUGUUCAGCUCAUAUAUGCUAUUGUAUGUAGGUCAAUGUAGCUCAGUCAGAGUAUUGCCAUUUGAAGGGUAAUAUUUCUAAAUGGUACUUGACUGAAUGGAGUCACUACUUAGCUAAUGGCACCUUAGGGAAGACAAUCUCAGAAACAAUCCGAAAACCGACUGUUAUUGUAAUCCUGAUGGUCAUUGUAGAGUGCAUGUAGUCUAUCUUGUCUAGCUAGCUUGGCUUGUGUACUUUAGCAAUAAGUCUCUAGUUCUUUUGUAGACCUUUUGCAUUUACUGCCAACUACAAUGGCUAGAUAUCGGGCAAUCACAUCCUUGUACUACUACCUUGGUGCUUAGGCCUCUUUAAGCAUUGUAGACUUCACCGACUACUGUAUACCAUUUUUCUUCAGAAAAGAUACGGUCAAGACCAAAUCACAAAGUCCAUUCCAGGGACUUGAUGGCAUUUUAAAUCCCCAAACUGUGUGUGUGUGUCCCAUUUACAUUUUUACAGAAGCAAUAUUUUAGCAGUAGAAAGAGCAGUAGUUUGAGGGAAAUACACUACGAUCACUAGCAUUUUCUUGCUCAUUGGAAACAAGGACAUCUGUAUAAAUAAGUUGAAAAUGGAGGGUUUCUGCUGGGCAAUAUCAUGACUGAGCCUUACUGUGCCUAAGAAUCAAGCUGCAAUUUUAGUUUUCUUUUGUAGAGGUAUUAUGAUGUCUUUCAGAACGAAUAUUAAUAUUAGUGUUCACACAACUCACAAAUACAGUGAACAAUUUAUGAAAUGAUUCUAAUUUUGUUCCUGUUAUGUUUAAUAUUGUUUUAUAUAUAUAUAUCAAGAAAUAGAUCAGGUGCAGAGAAUAAAAAAAUAGGUGAAAACAUUACUUUGGAUAAUUUACGUCUUUUUUCAAGUCUUUUGAUACCCAUUUGAAGUCCCACCCAGUUGACUACUUCAAAAUUGUGAAAGUCCUCAAUGGCGCUUCCCAUGCUAAAACGGCCUUUUGUGCACUAGUCCUCCAUCUAUCUCUAUGGUGCAGGUGCGUUAUGACAAAGAGGAAGAGGGAGAUCCAACUACCGGAAAAUCUGACUCCCUCCAGCAGGUGGCGUUGUUUGUUGUUGUUUAGCCCACCAAGCAAGGAGUUUUUGUAUAGAGGUCAAUGAGAAAGUGUCAAAUUUUGUCAAUAAAACAAUGAAUGGCUUA